CACAAACAAAGAGGGGAAAUUUGGUGAGAACAUGAAAAGUUUAAUGCAGUACCGCUGUUACCACUCGCCAUUUGAUGUAAAACCAAAUGGUAAAUGCGGAACCAAAUAAUAAAGCAUGCUACGUUGUUCGUUUUUCUAUUAUUGGAGGUGAGAAAGAGAAGAAAAUCCUUGUUGUUUAAAGCGAAGGCCAAAGAUCAAGUUCAGAGGCAGAGUUUAACUUUGACCAUGAGUAUUCUUAAGGUUAUCUCCACACUUGUGCUCGCUGUCUCCUUCCUUUCCUUCAUUCUAGCAAAGCCUGAUAGUUAUAUCAUAUACAUGGACUCAUCAGCCAUGCCUAAAGCCUUUUCCAGUUACCACAGCUGGUACUUGUCCAUGCUUUCUUCAAUAUCAGAUACUUCUGACACAGAAAGUGGCAGCGCAGCUACUUCAAAACUUCUAUAUACUUACUCUAAUUCGAUCAAUGGCUUCAGCGCCAUUCUCACUUUAUCUGAGCUUGAAGCCCUCAAGAAUUCUUUUGGGUACAUUUCAUCUACACGGGAUGUUCCUCUUAAGGCUCAUACAACUCAUACUCCUCAAUUUCUUGGUCUAAGCUCAACGUUGGGUGCAUGGACAGCUCCAAACAUGGGUGAAGAUGUCAUAAUUGGCAUACUGGACUCUGGCAUUUGGCCAGAGAGUGAGAGCUAUAGCGAUGAGGGAAUGACUAAUGUUCCCCCCAGAUGGAAAGGAAAAUGUGAAUCUGGAACCCAAUUCAAUUCUUCAUUGUGUAACAAGAAACUCAUUGGGGCUCGAUUUUACAAUAAGGGUUUGCUUGCUAACCAUCCGAAGCUAAAAAUUACAAUGAACUCCCCCAGAGAUAAUGAUGGACAUGGCACACAUACUUCAUCAACUGCUGCAGGCAACUAUGUAAAAGGUGCUUCCUAUUUUGGCUAUGCCUCAGGCACAGCCAGAGGCAUGGCGCCGCGGGCUCAUAUAGCGAUGUACAAAGUAAUUUGGAGAUAUGGCAUCUAUGCAUCUGAUGUACUUGCUGCAAUGGACCAGGCGAUUGAUGAUGGAGUGGAUAUUUUGUCCUUAUCCUUGGGUUUUAAUGUGGAAGAACAGUUUUUGGAAGAUGAUCCAAUAGCAGUAGCCAGUUUUGCAGCCAUGGAGAAGGGUGUACUUGUACUAGCAUCAGCUGGAAAUGAUGGGCCUUUGUUUUGGACUAUAAGCAAUGGAGCACCAUGGUUGUUAACUGUGGGCGCUGGCUCUAUAGAUCGUAAAUUUUAUGGAAUUUUGACUUUGGGAAAUGGAGUUCAAAUCACCUUUCAAACCUUGUAUCCAGGUAAUUAUUCUCUAAACCAAAAACCCCUGGUUCUCCCGGAUAAAUGUGAAAGUGUCGAGGAACUAAAGAAAUUAAGAAAGAACAUCAUUGUUUGCAAGGACCAUCUAAGUAUAAGCAAUCAAGUUGAAAAUGCUGGGUCUGCAAGGGUUUCUGCAGCCGUUUUCAUUUCCAAUUAUUCUUCUUUAUCUGAGCUUUACACCAGAAGCUCAUUUCCAGCAGCAUUUGUUGGCCUUCACGAUGGCCAAACUUUGAUAGACUACAUAAAGCAGAACAUUAAUCCUAGGGGAAGGCUUCAAUUUCAGAAAACAACUAUUGGUACAAAGCCAGCACCAAGGGUAGAUGUUUAUAGCUCCAGAGGGCCAUAUUUAAGAUGCCCCAGUGUUGUAAAGCCAGACAUUUUGGCUCCUGGCGCCGCAGUGUUGGCGUCAUGGUCUCCGAUUAGGGAAGUUACUUCUGUCCGAUCACAUCCAUUGUUUAGCAAUUUCAAUCUUGAUUCAGGCACGUCCAUGGCUACUCCACAUGUGGCAGGCGUGGCAGCACUUAUAAAGAGAGCACACCCUGAUUGGAGCCCUGCAGCCAUUCGUUCUGCCAUUAUAACCACUGCCAAUUUAUUAGACAACACUUUAAGCCCCAUCAAAGAUCCUUCAAGUUAUGACCUUCCCGCUACUCCUCUAGACACUGGAGCCGGCCACAUCAAUCCCACAAAGGUUUUUGAUCCCGGGCUUGUGUAUGAUGCAGCACCUCAAGACUACAUAAAGCUUCUCUGUGCAAUGAACUACACAUCAAAACAAAUUCGAAUCUUUACAAACUCAAGUCACAACUGCAUGAGUCAGUCCUUGGAUCUUAACUACCCAUCUUUUAUAGCUUUAUUUACUGAUGAGCAUUCAACUUCAAAUCAAAAAGUUGUGAAAGAAUUUCAAAGGACUGUAACAAAUGUAGGCAAGGGAGGGAUGGCUUAUACGGCAAAGCUGGCAGGCAUGGAUGGUAUAAAGGUGAUGGUGAAGCCUGAGAAGUUGAUAUUCAAGCAGAGAUAUGAGAAGCAAAGCUAUAAGCUCAGCUUGGAGGUUCCAAAAUCGUUGAAGAUUGAAGUUAUUUUUGGUUAUUUGAGUUGGGUGGAUGAUGAUGGUAAAUACGUGGUGAGAAGUCCAAUUGUGGCCACAGGCGUCACCCCGUAGCCAUAAUCUUGUAAGAAUUGAGUUCUGUUUGCACAUGAAAUGGCUGUUCGCGCCAAUGUGUUUUAAAGCAAGGAAGAAGAUCAUAUGUUGAAAGAGGUGUCUAAUUAGUUUUAUUUUAUGCUUUGUAUUUUGAAUUUUAUUGGUAGUUACUAGUUAGUGACUCUGAAAAAGAAACCAUGUUCUAUGUUAUGCAUAGGUUGACAGUUACCUGAUACACCAGCCAAGUAGUGGAGAGUGGCUCCAUGUCACUCUUCUAUUGUUGGUCCAUGUUUCUUGGCAGUUUUAUGUUAAUGCCCUCUCUCUCGUUGUAAUUGGGUUGACCUCUUAUAGAGGUUGAAUAUGAAAAAAAGUCUGUAGCAGUGUGUUUUUUCAUCUUUC